GUAAAUCACUCCUGGUGGGGACCUGAGCCUGGAGACUGCAGCAGACUGACUGGAGCUCGUUGUUCAUUUGACCAAUCACAUCGAGAGAAAUCCAGCAAUCCGCAAAGAGGAGCCGGAGAGGAGGACUCUGCCCAGUAGCAUCUGCUCUGUUUGUAGCUCCGUUAGCUCUGUCAUUAAGUUAGUUGAGCAGCGCUGUCACAGCCUGCCGGACGCAGACAAAGCUCUGCUGGAUACUUGUCAUUUUGCUGAGAGACCAGCCGGUGAAGUAGCUGAGCAUGAAUUAACAUUUUUGGCGGAUGAUAGCUGUGGAGAUGUGUAAUAAGCUGCACUGGACACUAAGAACCUACCUGGCUGCCAGUCUGUCAACUGACAGCUGUCACCGCUCCUAGCUGGUGAGCUAACGGCUAACAAGUGUUUAUUUUCGGGCUAAUUUAGCACCUUUCAGAGUAAAAAGCGGUGACUUCCGCAUGGACGCUGUAUUUUACAGUUUCCUCAACAAUAUUUGACUCCGCCUGCUGUUCAAACCAUGAGUUAGCCAAAAGAAACGUCGGCCAGCAGUGUUUUGGAUAUUUUGAGGUCCAGCUAGUUAGCUAGCAUUUAGCUUGACGCUAGCUAGCUGCAUUCAUUCAAUUAUUGAAAAACUGCUACCGCGUUAACACCAGCACCUCAACCUACAGGAACUGGUGAGAGAAUAACAACCAUAAUCGUUGUUACGAUACCGACACAUUUAGGAUUUGGCCGUGAUUUUGGAUAACAUCUGGGAGACAUGAAGAAAUUUUUUGACUCUCGUCGGGAGCUGGUGAGCUCUGGGCCUGGUUCCGGAGCCGGUGGAGGAGGCGCAGGUUCCGGCGGCGGUGGCAGCUUCAUCGGACGGGUCUUCACUAUUGGACGAUAUCAAGUGACCGUCGAGGAAAUUGUCGCUGAAGGAGGUUUUGCCAUUGUGUUUUUGGUGCGGACUCAUCAAGGGCUACGUUGUGCACUAAAAAGGAUGUAUGUCAACAAUGAACAUGAUCUACAAGUCUGCAAUCUUGAGAUACAGAUCAUGAGGGACUUAGUGGGCCACAAAAACAUAGUUGGUUUCCUGGACUCCAGCAUAACUGCAGUUGGAGCUGGCGAUGUAUGGGAAGUCCUAAUCUUAAUGGACUUCUGUCGAGGUGGGCAGGUGGUAAAUCUAAUGAAUCAGCGGCUACAGACAGGCUUCACUGAAGCCGAGGUGUUACAGAUCUUUUGUGACACAUGCGAGGCUGUUGCUCGUCUCCACCAGUGCAAGACUCCAAUCAUCCACAGAGAUCUCAAGGUAGAAAAUAUUCUUCUGCAUGAUCGGGGACACUAUGUGCUCUGUGACUUUGGAAGUGCCACAAACCGCUUCCAAAACCCGCAGACAGAGGGGGUGCCAGUCGUUGAGGAGGAAAUCAAAAAGUACACUACUCUGUCAUACCGCGCUCCAGAGAUGGUCAACCUCUAUGGUGGAAAGGUCAUCACAGCGAAGGCAGACAUUUGGGCAAUGGGUUGUCUACUCUAUAAGCUGUGCUACUUCACGCUUCCUUUUGGGGAGAGCCAAGUAGCAAUCUGUGAUGGCAGCUUCACUAUCCCAGACAACUCCCGCUACUCCCAGGACAUGCACUGUCUCAUCAGAUACAUGCUGGAACCUGACCCAGAUAAGAGACCAGACAUCUACCAAGUAUCCUACUUUGCCUUUAAACUGACUCGACGAGAGUGUCCAGUUCCAAAUGUACAUAAUUCGUCCAUUCCUACAAAACUUCCUGAGCCCAUCAGAGCCAGCGAAGCAGUGGCCAAAAAGAGUCAAACCAAAGCCAGACUCACAGACCCCAUUCCUACCACCGAAACCUCAAUAGCGCCUCGACAACGGCCCAAGGCUGGGCAGGCUCAACCCCAACCGAUAUCAGGCAUUCUUCCCAUCCAGCCAGCUCUGACCCCACGCAAGAGGCCCAAUGUGGCUGCUGGAGCACCGCAGGCCAUAGGUUCCAGUGUCCCACCUUCAGCUGCAACUGCUCAGCAAACUGCGCCGCAGUCAGUUCAGACCACCAACAUGCAGCCGCAGGCUACACCACAGCAUCAGCAGCUCCUCAUGAAGCAGCAGCAAGCUUCAGCCUUCUUGAGCCCACAGAGUAACCAGCAGCAGCAACAGCAAACAGCUUCUCAGGCAUCUACCCUGCCGCAGUCCAAAACUAAGCCUGUUCCUCCUGUUGUUACUCUGCAACACCAGCAGCAGCAGCAGCAGCAGCAGCAGCAGCAGCAUGAAGUCCAUGAAACAGCAGCUCCCCAUCUGACCCCCAUCCCUGAGUCUGCUGUCAUUGGUCCUGCAGCUGACCCAGAUGUGGUGCCGGCCAGCCGAGGGAUUCACAAAGUCAGCUCCUUGACACCCCCCUCAUCGCCGAAGAUGGCCCCCAAGAGUGGCCAUAGACGCAUCCUGAGCGAUGUCACUCACAGUGCCGUGUUUGGAGUCCCGGUCAGCAAGUCCACCCAGCUACUCCAGGCAGCCGCAGCUGAGGCCAGCCUCAACAAGUCCAAAUCAGCCAGCACUACUCCUUCUGGCUCCCCCUGCUCGUCCCAGCAGAGUGUGUAUCAUCAAGGUGACGGUGAGGCCCCGUCAGCCCUCUCUGCACCCAGCACUCAGCCCAGCUGGAACCCCUUUGGGGAUGAUAACUUCUCCAAGCUAACAGCAGAGGAGCUGCUCAACAAAGACUUUGCAAAACUAGCUGAGACUGCUGCUCAAGGAGAGAAGGCCAUGGGCUCCAAUGAAAAUCUCAUUCCAGGGCUCGAUGCUUUUCCAGCUGAAAGACCUGCUGACAUCCUGGGUGCAGGUUCAGCGUUGUUGAGUGUCCCGGACCCUUUUAAUACCCUCUCCCUCUCUGACACCCCAGAGAAGCUGAUUGAGGGACUGAAGUCCCCUGAAACUUCUCUGCUGCUCCCUGACCUCUUAACCCUGGCUGACCCCUUCAGUAGUUCUGCAGAGAGCACCACCAAUGCAAAAGCAGAGGUGUGUGUGGAUUCACUGAUUCCUGGUUUGGAAGCCCCCCAAGCCCAGCGACAUGCAGGCCAGCCUGAGCUCAUCUCUGCCAGCAUGCCAGACUCUCUCACUGGGGAGGACUCUCUGCUGGGCUGCGAUCUGUUAUCUCAUACUUCUCCUCAUGCAAACCAGUCUGUUUCUGCUCUCCCUUCCUCCUCCGCCUGCUCUUCUGCUCCUCCUGGCUCCGGCUCUGGAUCCUGUCUGGAGGAGCUGCCGCCUGGUCAGACAGCCUCUGAUGCCCAAGGGGAGAGUAAUGGCUACUCUGUGCUUGGCGAGGGACAAGAGACUGAAACUCCAGAGGGAGAUUCUCAAACAAAUGUGGGAUGUGUUCACUCCAGCGAUGAAGAUGAGGAAAAAGAAGCCCACAAAGAAGAGCAGCAGGACCAAGAAGCCAUUGAAAGUCACGCAGUGGCCAAUGACUGCAGCGGCUCCAGACCUCUGCUGCUCGACUCAGAGGAGGAAGAAGAACAAGGAUCUCAGCUGGCCGUCCCCUCAUCACCGCACUCCAGCAUAGUACCAACACAACCGUCUACUACCUUCCAUCAACCUACUCCAAGUACCUUUGCUCAGAAUCAUUCCCAGCAUGCACACGAGCCAGCAAAGGGGGCGGACGUCGCUGCAGAUGUCUUUUCAAAAGCCCCCUUUCGUGUGGCGCAAGAAGAAUCAGGAGAUGUGUUUGCCAACGCUCCGUUUCCUCGCGCCCCCGUUGCAGCUCAGCAGCCAUUCGAUGUAUUCUCACAGGCUCCUUUCGGAAAAAGAAAGGACGCCACGGGAACAUACCCUGAGCAAGGUGUGUUGGGACAGGUUACCCCACAACCAUUCCGCCCGCAAGCUCUGGCCAAAUACUCCCGACACUUUGAGGGACCUGUGCCCCAGCAGCCCAUAGCAGCUCACAGAGUAGUGUCUAACGUGAGCAGGCAAACUGCUGUGGGAUCAGUCCCUGUUGGACCUCUUCACUCAUGGACCUCAGAAGUGAGCGCUGUGGAUCCCUUCGUCUCUGCACCUUUUCACCUCAAGGCCCCACAAGAAAAGCCCUAAACCCAAACUCAGGUCAGGGCAAUGGGUAUCAGCGUCACUGAAUUAUGCAAGCUAUACCAGGCAUACUGCAUGCUGUCACCAACGCCGCAGCCGGACUGCAGGCCUGCAUGGAAAUCAUUCUUAACUGGCUCGAAUUAGUUCUGAUAGUGCGAGGUUAUCUUUACACUUGAAUGCUCUGUUAGAGUAAGAAAACUGACAUCAAUACCAGACUCCUUGUCACUUUUUAAUUGUCACAUCCUUUCACCUUCCGAAUUGUCAUUCAUCCUUUCUGGUACGAACAUCAACACAAAGGCGACAUGGUGGUCAAGCAUAUGAUUGUUUUCUUGCCUACCUCAGUUACUUUUUUUUUUGUCAGCGCUAAAAAAAAUAUCACUCAGUGAGGGAGUUGAGAUUGUCCGCAGCCUUGGCAGUUUGAUUUGAGCUUUACUGUGAAACCAUGAUCUGAUAACGCCUCAUUUGCUGUCAUUCCUCCACUGUAUUAGUUCUCAGAAAGGACUGAUUCAACUUGAAUCACAAGAUCAUGGCUUCACGGAAGCUGGAAAAAGGAAAAGACACUGUGUAUAGCACUAAUAUGGAGUAAAACCUAGUCACAGAUGAUCCGGAGUCUCUCAAUAGGAGUUUCAGAGAAAUUCAUCUGUAAUUACAUAAAACAAAACAAAAUUAAACUGCCUUACAAUUAUGUGCUUAAAGCCAAUUGUUUUUGGCCCUUCGGUCUGACAGUUUGCAUUUAAGCAGAUGCUGGAUAAUGAUGCAAAUAAUUUUUGAUGGUGAAAACCUUUUUGUUUCAUUCCAAAUGUUUGCAUUUUUUUCAUGUAUAUUAUGUUCGUGGUCACUGUCCUGUCUCUGAUGAGAGUGGAAUAUCAGUGUUUAUUCCAUGUGGCGUAUGCACCUUUAUAUAAAUGUUAGGCAUAGAAAAUACAUUAUAGUUCCUAUGUUAUAAACACGUAGAAGAUUCACCUUUUUUGUUUUUGUCUCUCCCUGUUUUACAGGAAGUUAUCUCUUAAGCCUUACACUCUUGCAGUACUUACCUACUCCCACAUCAGACAGUGUAAAUUGUAUCACUUUUUUUUUUUUUUUUUGCCCUCCUAAAAAAAACUGCUGCAUUUACAGCACCAGUCAAAGUUUGAACACACCUUCCCAUUUAUUUGAAUGAGAAAGUGUGUCCAAACUUUUAACUGGUACUGUACAUCAUUUUAUUGCACUGGCAUCCAGCACCAAAUAGAAUCUCGUACAACUUCCUUUUUGCUGUGUGCAGUACGCAUACGCACCAAGAUAUCCAUUCAACUCUUUAAUGCAUCUAUAUUGUAGACAUCUCUUUAAACUCCAUAUGUGUACUAACUGUGAUUCCCGCUGAUGAACAACUGAAGUAACAACUCCUGCAACUUUAAUAAUGCUUUUCCUGCAGUCACAUAAAUAUCUACAGCACUUAUCCUCAGCAGUUCCAGUCAGGGAUUGUAAUAAUAGCGUCUUGUAAGCAGGAUCUGGAAUAGUGACUGACGACAUUCCUUUACAAUUUAUUUCCAUCACCAUUUGGAAAUGUUUUAUUGUCUGUGUGCUUUGUAAAAUCAUGAAGCACUUUUUUGGUUCCCGCUAUGGCACUGUUAAGAAAGGGGAUCCAACCUGUUUCAACCCAAAGUUUAAUUCACAUUUUCUUCAGUUGCAAUGUAAAAUCUUCUGUUUUCUGUCUUGAAUUGUACAAUCUUUUUAUAAAUGCUCACUUUUCUCACCCAACUUGUAUAAAUGAAGGUUGCACAUAGUCACUGACACAGAGUCAGGGUUCUCUAAGAAUGUGUUUUGAUUGUAACACAGCUGUAAAAUGUUUUUCGACCAGUGUUGUAUAGGAUGUCCAUCGAGCAUUCAACAGCUGACAUACUGUUGGAUUAAAAGGCACUCGAAAUACUUGUGAUGCUGCACAGCCUUCCUUUCAAAACUGUUGUAAGUCAUAAAAAAAAUAUUAAAUGAAUGUAAAUCAA